AUGGGACCAUGGCCUGGCAUAGUGUGGCUUAAGAUAAGCCCAAGUUGGCAUCACAUCUUCCUUUUCAUCAGUUCUCCAUCUUACGUGUGUGCCGUGGAAGGAUCAACUGUGGACAUUACAUGCAGCUAUGAGCACUCUGGCUACUUACACGGAAAUGAAACAUCAUUUUGGUUUACCCGAGCAGAGGGCGAUGAUCCCGUGGAUCUGGUGGAGGACUCACAGUACACGGGUCGUGUUGAGUACCACUGUGAAUGGUUGAGGCACUGUACCCUGAAAAUCAAAGACCUGAGAAAAAGUGACUCGGCCAAUUACAAGUUUAGAUUCACAACAAAUGAAGGGAAAUUUACUGGUUCCCCUGGAGUCAACCUGACCGUGACAGAGCUACAGGUGGAGAUAAGCCCAGACGCCACGGUGACGGCAGGAGGCAGAGUGAUGCUAACCUGCAUCACCAGCUGUCGUCUGACUGACAACCCAACCCUCAUCUGGCACCAGAAUCGUCGGGUACUGGCCGAGUCAGAGAGCCAACAGAAUCAACUGGUUUUAGAUCCAGUCGGCAGUCAUCAUGCGGGAGCUUACUCCUGUUCUGUGAAAAACCACCCAGAUCUUAGCUCUCCUGAAAAGAUUCUCACUGUCAGAUAUGCCCCAGAAGUCCCUGCUGUAUCAGUGAGUCCCUCUGAUGAAAUAAAGGAGAACAGUUCGGUGACUCUGAACUGCAGCAGUGCUGCUAACCCUCCAAUACAAAAAUACACCUGGUUCAAGGAGAAUAGAAAUCCAUACAUUUUGAAGAGCCAAGGAAAAUAUUUUGUCUUUGACUCCAUCAAGUCCUCCGAUUCUGGGAUAUAUUUCUGUACAGUUUCGAAUGAGCUGGGUGAAAAGACAUCGGACUCCAUCUUGAUUAAUGUAAAAUGCAUCCUGUUGCAGACUAUGGGCUAUGAUGGUUUUUGCUUGGUUCAAGUCUUCCUUGGGACAGGGGCUUUCAUGAAUGUGCCAACCUUUGCAACUGCUACCUUGCUUGAAGGAGUGGGCAACAUGCAGAAGCUUAACAACUGCACGAAUGCUCCAAAGCUCCCUUCAGUGUCAGUGAUUCCCACCGGUGAAAUAGAGGAAGGCAGUUCAGUGACUUUGAGCUGCAGCAGUGAUGCUAACCCUCCAGUAGAAAAGUACACCUGGUUCAAGGAGAAAGAGUCCUCACCAGUGGCAUCAGGACAGAACUACACCAUAAAUGACAUUAGAACUGACCACAGUGGAAACUAUUACUGUGAAGUCCGUAAUGAAAGAGGUGGAAACAAUUCCACCUCCCAGUUGAUUGUUGUGGCAGGUGAGAUAUGCCUAUGUAACUAG